CACGAUCUCAAAAUCCGAGCAUGAGAUUACAUAGUAUAUAAAGGUAUCUUUCCAACAUCCAAUAAAAUAAGAGCAGUGACAUGUCGUGUUGUGACUGAAAUUUUAAGCCGCCCCUUUCCAUAUGCAUAGAACUUGUACGACACGAGUAACAUAAGUAACACCAAAUGCCGCCCAUUAACGCCUCAUCGCUAAUAUCGCCUGACUCAAACUCUAAGCAGGCCCUUAGCUGCGAUCAUGGUCAUUAGUAUAUCAAAAGGUGGAGGGAGCGCGGACCAAUGGGGAGCCACCAGGGACGCCAACACGAAGUCAGUAAAUGGUGUGUAAGCACCAUGCAGCAGUUGGAGCAGUGGCAAGAUCGAAGUAACCAACCAAUACGCGUAUAUUCAAAAUCCAUUGGUGCUUAACUAUCCGAGGGAGGGCGGACGAUAGCUACGACAAAAGCAUAUCUUGGUCGUCCCCUCGAUGGUAACGAUAUGAACUCAUCCAAGACUUUCGGAAUUGUCUCGCGCUCUUCCCUCGGUCGGUUACAUUCGACAAGUCAUAUUCGCAUAUCACGCCAGGCGGCUAUCCGAACAGCCUCAUUUUGCGAGCUGAGGAAACAUCUAGAACGUCGAAACAUUUUGCGGGGUGCCACAUCCCGAUCUUCCAUCCGCGCGCCUGGCCAAGGAGUCGCCAUGAGCACGCGGUCCGUACACCGGGUUCCUAUCGAACCACAACGUGUCGACGCACCCCUAACCCAGUCUGCGACCUUUCUCGUAGUUACUAUCGCUCCUACACCAGACGCCGCCCAUGUGGUACGCUCAGUUCUCUCAAGCAUCGGAAGUUUAGCUAAAAACGUCGCUAUCCGAGAUCUUGGCGCCGCGUUUUCUUGCACGGUAGGAAUCGGCAGCGAUGCAUGGCCCUCGCUUACUCGGAUCCCACGGCCGGCGGAGCUUCAUCCAUUCCCCCCAGUUCAUGGUCGGAAACAUGUUGCCGUCUCGACACCGGGGGACUUGCUAUUCCACAUCCGCUCAGAGCGACGAGAUCUGUGCUUUGAGUUCGAGCGGCAAUUACUCGACGCUCUUGGUGAUGCCGUUUCCGUCGCCGACGAGACAACUGGCUUCCGCUAUUUCGAUGUUCGUGAUCUUCUAGGGUUUGUCGACGGCACAGCGAACCCAGUCGGUCCUGCAGUGCCAGACUCUGUCCUCAUCGCGGAAGAGGACGCAUCUUUUAUUGGAGGUAGCUAUAUCGUGGUGCAAAAAUACGUGCACGAUAUGAAGGCUUGGACUGAUCUCUCCACCGAACAGCAAGAAGCUAUAAUCGGGCGCAAGAAGUUCGAUAAUGUCGAGCUAGAUGAUGCCGCAGCAGAUCAGCAACAGUCCCAUAAGUCACUCGCUACGAUUGAAGACGAGAAUGGCAACGAGCAUGACAUUCUUCGAGAUAACAUGCCAUUUGGUUCGCCCGGUUCAGGAGAGUUUGGAACUUAUUUUAUAGGAUAUUCAAGGCGGUUAUGGGUUAUCGAGAAAAUGUUGCAGCGCAUGUUCAUCGGUCAUCCGCCUGGUUUGCACGAUAAAAUACUUGAUUUCUCGACGCCACUGACAGGAACGACAUUUUUCGCGCCAUCGUCGGAUUUUUUGAAAGGAUUACAGAUAGAAGAAUAAGUUAUAUCUAGAUAUUAUUAUGUACCUAUUGUCGAUCGACAUGAUCAUUCCAUGGCAUUAGAAUAAUUACCUAGUAUAUUUGUACGCCGGCUAAAUGACGCAAAAAAAAAACACCAAAUAAAU